AAGAAGAUUCAAAACUUGCAGGAGAAAAAUUCAAAGCGAUUGAAACCCGAUUGUUCUCUCGGAAACUCUUGUGCUCUGUCCAUGUUGUGCCUUGAAGGCUCAGCAAAGGCACUUUUUUUAGACAUGAUACAUUGUAACACGAUUGCAAGAUGAUUGAAAUAGUAGCUUGGAUGGGUUCCAUUCCAUUGCAAAGACUCCUGAAGGUGUUUUAAAAGCUUUUGUUGUGGUACCUUCAAAGUCAUUUGAACAACGGGCACUUUGUCAGUCUUGAGAAGAAGGGCACACUUCAAAUGAAAAUCAAUGAAAAAAAUGUGUUUUGAAGAAAUCUCAAGGCAAAGGAAAAGUUUUACAUUACAGUUGCUUAUUUCAGUUUCCUCCGGAUAGCGAUCAGUGCACUCUCAUAUCCUCCUUGGGCGGUUUGUGUGGCAGACAGGCUUGAGUCAAGUCCACCCCAAGAUUUUUCUCCAGUGCAGAAGUGUUUAUGUCAUACUCUGUUUCCCCUGCUAAAAAUCCUUCGUCCGGGUAUAAUUUCUCAGUGGCAUGUCUCCUUUCUCUCUUCCAGUUUAUUCAGAACGCACCUGGGCCUGGGCCUGGGCCUCGAAUUUUCAUGAGGGAGGGUGCCGCAAGUUCUACAUACCACAAUCGCCAGUCGGCAGAUCAAUUGACAUUGGCACAGCCUCUUCCAAGUACCUCUCUCGGACUAUCGGUAUCCGAGCCCAAGACUAAACUCGGACUAUCGGUAUCCGAGUUGAAGCCUAAACGUUACGUUUGUGAGACGUGCGGCAAGUCAUUCUUACGGCCGGCAGAACUUGUAAGGCACACGCGGACACACACCGGGGAGAAACCGUACGAGUGCGAAUAUUGUGGCUGGAGAUUCACGCUCAAGGCGAACAUGAAGAAUCAUCUGAUCAUGAAACAUUGCGAUAUGUUGAUUAAAAACAAGGGACCAGCGACUCAUUUAUAUUUGCUGGAGUCGAAAUACCACCAACCUGAUAUGAACGCCACAGAUAGGGAGCCAACCAGUUUACUAGGUGGUCUGCUGAGUGUGAAGCAGUAUCUCCGCGAUCGACCCAAGCCAUUACAGCAAAAGUUUCGGCCGAGACGCCAUAUGGGCACCCCGCGUAUGACUUCAAAAGUUCAAAUCGGCAGCGACGAAUUCACCGUGAAAGUUUGCUCGUUCUGUAACAAGAUUUUCUCAUCGUCGACCGAUCUCAGGCGGCACAUGAUGAUUCACACUGGAGAAAAACCAUUCAAGUGCGACCGCUGCGGUGACCGAUUCCGCCAGAACGGCCAUCUCCAGAUUCACAUUGCUCAGAUACAUAAAGAAGGCAAACCGGAGACGUGCGAGACAUGUGGCAAACAGUCCUUUAAUAAGUACUUUAUGAAUAAGCAUAGGAAGAUAUAUGGAAUGCUGUAGGCUGAAAACGUGUCUGGAUUUUAAAAUCGGGCUUGCUGCUGUCUGCUCGCCAAUCUCACACAUCCACUGAAAAGACAAACUUGCCCUUCUGUGACAUAUGCUCCAGGCAGUUCCAAAGCCCGUCCCAUCUCCGUGUACACAUGCGUACACAC